AUGAAACAAUAUCACGCUGUCUUUUCCAUGUCCAAAACAAUUGAAUUGCUAGGAAUCUCACACGAUGUUUAUUCUCUUAACAUCUUAAUUAAUUGCUUCUGCCAUUUACACCUUGUGGAUUUUGGCUUCUCUGUUUUUGGUAAGAUGCUCAAAUUCGGAUUGGAGCCUACCACUGUGACAUUUAAUACCUUUAUUAAUGGGCUCUGUAUGGAGAGUAAAAUCGAUAAAGCAGUGGAAUUUUUCGAUGAUAUGGUUGCACGUGGUUAUCAACCUGAUGUUUAUACUUACAGUACGAUAAUAAACGGAAUGUGUAAAUUUGGGAAAACAAAUGUGGCUAUUGGGCUACUAAAGGGAAUGGCUGAUAGAGGUUGUGAGCCAAAUGUUGUGACAUACGGAGCAAUCAUUGACGCCCUUUGCAAGGAUGAGCUAGUUGGUGAGGCUUUAGAGCUCUUCUCUCAAAUGAGGAAUAAGGGCAUUUCACCUAAUGUCAUCACUUACAAUAGUUUAAUUCAUGGUGUUUGCAAAUUAGGCCAAAAGAACCAAGCUUUGGCCUUAAUGAAUGAAAUGGUGGAGCAGAACAUAUUACCAAAUGUUUAUACCUUCAAUGUAUUGAUUGAUGCUCUUUGUAAGGAUGGAAUGGUUUCAGAGGCUCAAAAUACAUUCAAUGUAAUGAUUCAAAGAGGUGUAGAGCCUGAUGUGAUCACAUACACAUCCUUAAUUGAUGGUCUUUGCAUUUCAGACCAAUUGAAGGAAGCUUUGGCCUUGUUGAAAGAAAUGGUGGGGAGGAACAUAUCCCCUGAUAUUUUUACCUUCAAUAUAUUGAUCGACACUCUUUGCAAGAAAGGACUGGUUUCAAAUGCACAAAAUAUAAUCAAAAUAAUGAUUCAAAGAUGUGUGGAACCUAAUGUUGUCACUUAUAAUUCAUUGAUGGAUGGAUAUUGUCUGUGCAAGCAAAUUGAUAAGGCUAGAAAGGUAUUUGAUCCGAUGGUGAUCAAUGAAAUAGCUGACGUUUUUAGCUACAACAUUUUGAUCAAUGGAUAUUGUAAGUGCAAAAUGAUAGAUGAUGCAAAGGAAAUUUUUGAUGAAAUGUCUCAUAAAGGUUUAGUUCCUGAUGUUGUUACUUAUCAUACUCUUAUAAAGGGUAUGUUUCAAGCAGGGAGGCCCCAAAAUGCAAAAGAGCUCUUUAAGGAUAUGUGCUCUCAUGGUCAACAACCAAAUAUAGUAACCUUCUCAAUUAUGAUUGAUGGCUUGUGUAGACAGGGUAAUCUCGAUGAGGCACUCACAGUAUUGAAAGCAAUGGAGAAAAGUCAGUUGAAGCCUAAUUUUGUGAUCUAUGGCAGUCUGAUCAAUGGUAUGUUCAAAGCUGGCAAGAUUAAUGAUGCCAAGGAACUUUUUUCUAGUCUUUUUGAAAUUGGUUUACAACCUGAUGUUUAUGUCUAUAAUGCAAUAAUGAAGGGACUCUGCCAACAAGGAUUAAUGGAUGAAGCGUAUAACGUAUUUAAAGACAUGGAAAAGGUAGGAUGCUUACCAAAUAAUUGUUGUUAUAACAUCAUCAUUCAAGGGUUUCUCAAGAAUGAGGAUUUACCAAAAGCAUCAAAACUAAUCAACGAAAUGGUUGAUAAGGGGUUCUCUGCUGAUGCUGCUACCACAGAACUGGUAGUACAUUUAUCGCGAAAUAAUGAUCUCAUUCUAAGCAAACUACGAAAUCGGUCUGAGGCUUCUAAAGGGGUGCAAUGA